UCAGAGGAGGGAGAGGUCGGGAUCAGGGAGGGAGAGAGGUCGGGAUGAGGUCGGGAUGGGAUGGGAGUCGGGAGAGAGGAGGAGGGAGGAGGAGUCUAGGCAUGGGAGAUGGCUCGAGACGAUGUCGGGAUAGGGAAGGGGGACGACGAGCUCGGAGAAGGAAAGGCGGGAGGGAGAGUUCGGAAGACGUCGGGGGAAGGAAGGAGAGGGAGGGAAAGUCCGGAUCAGGUCGGGAGGUCGGGAUGGGAGACGGGUUGGGAUGGGGAAGGAAAGGGAGGAGGAAGAGAUCGCGAUGACGUCGGGAUGGGAGUUGGGAUAGAGGAGGAGGGAGGAGGAAUCUACGCAUGGGAGAAGAUGGGGAUGGGAGUUGGGAUAGAGGAGGAGGAAAGAGUUAUCUUGGCAAGGGGCAAGGUCAGGGGAGCAAGGGAAGAGAGGGAGAGGUCGGGACGGGGAGGUCGGGAUAGGAGGUCGAGACCGGGAGGUCGGGACCGGGAGGUCGGGACCGGGAGGUCGGGACCGGGAGGUCGUGAUCGGAGACGCGAACAGAGGAGGGGGAGGUCGGGAUCAGGGAGGGAUAGUGGGGAGGGAGAGGUCGAGAUGGGAAGGAAGGGAAGGUGGAGGCAGGAUCGGGAUAACCAACGUACGAAGGUAAAGACGGAGCCGCAGGACUUUGAUGACGACAACGAUAUUGAUGAUGAUGGUGAUGAUGACUUGGAUAAGAACGUGGAUGAUGAUGAUGAUGAUGAUGAUGAUGAUGAUGAUAGUGAUGUGGUGAUGAUGAUGAUGAUGAUGAUGAUGAUGAUGAUAUGCGAGGGAUAAAACCCUCGGCGGCAACCUGAGGGACCCUGCCCAACAAGCCGCCAGCCUCCCUAAGUGAAGGAGGCCUGCUAAUUUCGCGCAGCCUAUUUUCUGCCUGACUUAGGUGACCAGGUGCAGAGAGGGCGCCAGUUGGUUGCACAGGCCCAGUGUGAUCAGGACCUGAAGAGAGCCACACAGCAGGCCAGGUGUGCGAUGUCGCGCACUUGCUCUCGGCCAAUGAGAAGCCUCCGAAAAGCGGAGGCCACGUCGCACACAUGCAGGCCUGUCCCAGGCCGGUGUCUGAAUGUGGCCUGGGCUCAGAUACCUAGGGCCAACCGGAUGCUACUGGAAACACCAGGCCUCAGGCCAGGCAGCUAGUGGGCAGCGAUCACUUUCCGUAUAGGAAAGUGUCCACUGCUGGGGAGGGUAUUGGGGCACUCGAUUGCUGAGCGGCAGUGCUGCUGAAACAAGCGCUCACAGUGCCGCUAAUAGCGAAGCUCGCACGCGGGCGCAGGAGGUGUUGGACACUGCUGGGUGCAGCGCCAUAGCCAGGCUCGGACUCAGGGGUAAGGUCAGCGGGGUAAGGUGGUGGUCUUAGGGAAGAAGGACACCGUGUCGGGAAAGACAAGGGUGGCGUAGAGAGCGAGAGGGGACAUACCCGAUGGCGUGAUGGUGGUCUACAUGGCGAGAUCUGCACAUACGUUGCUUCUGCUACUCAAGUCUUCCGGUUGCUGCUUUGUAGUUGUAGGCUAGUUCGUGCGUCGUGUGGUCGUAGUCUGGGCGCUGAGCGCCAGUACCGAAAAGACAUUGGAUACUUGGGCCCUUGGCGUUGAGAUGGCGGCAUUGAUGGUGGCGUUGACGCUGGCGUUGAUUGGGCUGACAUUGACAAUCGAGUUUCGUUGUUUUGGUCUCCAUUGGUGUGUUACUUGGUGCGUUAACUGCAGUCUUCUACAUGUAACUAUUUGGCUUUCGUUU